GGGCUUUAUAUUCAUUAAAUGGAGUUAAUGUUGUGCGUUUUAAUAUUAAAAAAUUAAUAAUCAAGUUACUCUUUCUCUCUCCAAAAUAAAAAAAAAAAAAACCAAACAAUAAUUUUAGUAAUGUGAAUUAUCUAAUUAUAAAUUAAUUUAUAAUGUCGGUUCAUUAUAAAUUUAAAUCUGAGAAACAAUUUGCAACAGUAUCAUUUGAUGGUGUUCAUAUAUCUGUUGCUGAUUUAAAAAAGGAAAUAUCACAUCAAAAAAAUUUUGGUAAAUGUGAAUUUGGUCUGUUGAUUAAAAAUGCGCAAACUGAUGAAGAAUAUAAUAAUGACAAUGCACUGAUUGCAAAAAACACAAGUGUUAUUGUUAGUCGUGUACCAUUAACGGUCCAACAAAAAAGAUCAUGGGAUAGAAAUGAAUCACAACAAUUUGUACAUUCACGUGAUGAAGCAAGUACAAGUCAUCCAGUUGAUUUAUCAAGAAUUGAUGGUUCAGAAAAUGAUAAAAUAAAUGCAAUGAUGACACAAUCAUCACAUGAUUAUAAUCCAUCAAAUUAUCAAAAAUUACGUGGUGGUAAUCAGACUGGUGAAGUACCACCAUCAUAUCGUUGUCAUAAAUGUCAUCAACAAGGACAUUGGAUUAAAAAUUGUCCAUUAACAUUAAAUCAAGAAUCAAUUGAAAUUAAAAAAAGUACUGGUAUACCAAGAAGUUUUAUGAUACCAGUUGAAGGACCAAGAGCACCUGGUGCAAUGAUAACACCAACUGGACAUUAUGCUGUACCGGCAAUUGAUCAUCAAGCAUAUAAAGAAGGAAAAAAAGAACGUCCACCAUUUUCAUCUGAUCCAGAACCAAUUAUUAAAAAACCAGAAAUACCAGAUGAUUUAACAUGCAAUUAUUGUAAAGAUUUAUUAACUGAUGCUGUAUUAAUACCAUGUUGUGCUGGUGCAUUUUGUGAUUUAUGUAUACGUACACAUUUAGUUGAUUCGGAAAUUAAUGAAUGUCCAGUUUGUAAUGAAAGAGAAAUAUCACCUGGUGGAUUAAUACCAUCACGUUUUCUUCGUAAUAGUGUUAUGAGAUUUAUCAAUGAAACUGGAUAUGCUAGACGACAAAUUUAUCCUCCAUCACAAAAAAAUAAAGAUGAAGCAAUUGACAUUGAAAGCACAACUGAGCCAGCAACUUUUGUUGUACCACAAGUACCAAAUGAAGUUGUUGAAGUUGAUCCUACUGUUAAAGCUGAAGAAACAGUAUCCAACAAAAUUUCAACAACAGUUAAAGAAGAGACAAAAUUAGUUGAUCCAAUUGUACCAAAUGAAGCUAGUGAACCAGUACAAGCAGUUAUUGAAGAAGGACAUGAAGUAAUAAUACCACCUGGUACUGAAGAGCCAUUAUUGCCAAAAAUUAAAAUUACAUCUGAAAAAGAAAUUAAUAAUUCUGAUACAAUUAUAACUAAAAAAGAUGACUAUGAAGAAACAUUUGAGGAUGAUAGAAGACCAAGAGAACGUCCAAGAGUAUUUAAUAAAGAUCCUCAACGUGAUAGAGGUUCAGAGAGAAUUGUUGGUACAUAUAGAUUGAUAAAUAGAAGAAGAUCAUCAUCACCAAGACAACGUAAUGAUUAUCCAAGUCAGCAUGGACAUUUACAUAUGAUGAAUCAAACAAAAGAAUAUCAAAAUAUGCCACCAGGUAAUUCACAAAGAUAUCCACCAAAUAUGCAUUAUGAAUCAGACAUACGUAGAUCUGGAGAACGUCCUGGUACACCAACUAUUGAUGAGCCACAUUUGCAUCCACAAAGCCAAGGUAAUCAAUCAAAUAUGAUACCAUAUCCACCAGGCGAAGAAAGAAUUUCCCAAUCUCAACAACAACAGCAACAACAGCAACAGCAACAACAACAAGGUGGUUAUAAUCAACCACCACCGUCAAUGCCACCACAUGGAAAUCCAUUAUUACCAGAUCCAUACGCAAUGAAUCAUGGUCAUAGAAUGCCAAUGUAUCCUCAUCAACAGGGACCACAUUAUGGUCCACCAAGAUAUGAUCGUCCACCUUAUCAACAACCUGGAUAUAGACCUUCACAGCCACGAGGUAGUUACAAUGGUCCACCAAGACCAAUGAGAGGAAUGCAUCAUCUUGGAUAUCGUGGUGUUCAACAACCACCCAUGGGAAUUCCUCGUAAUAUUCAUAAUGGAAAUCCAACUGGAGUUAUUGAUGAUCCUUUGGAGGCAUUUGAAAGAAUGUUACGUGAAAAAGAUGAACGUGAUAGAAGACUUGGUAAACAUCGCAGACGUUCAAGAACACGUUCAAGAUCAAGAAGUUAUAGUAGAUCAAGAUCACGUUCAUUUGGACGUAGAUCACCACGAUUAAGUCGUUCACGUAGUCCACCACCAAAAAGACGUGGUUCAAGAUCACCAUUACCAUCAAGACGUAGUAGAACACCUAAAAGACGAUCAUCACGUGAUGGUAGCAGAAGCUUUUCAAUCAGCAGAUCGAGAUCUUAUUCACGCAGUCAAUCACCACCCAGAGGCGCAAUCUCAAGGGAUCGUGAUAGAGAACGUGAACGCGAUCGUGAACGGGAUUUACCUCCGAGAUAUCGAUCCCCAGUUAGAUCACCACCAAGAUUUCAAAGAGAUCGUGAGAGAGAACGUGAUCGUCCAAGAUCACGUGAAUCACGUGAAGGUUACAGUACAAAUUAUUAUGCUGAAUCAAAAGACUAUAGUUAUCGUGAUCGUGAACGUGAUGGAACAAGAGAACGUACUAGUUCACGUUAUCCACCACGUAAUCAAACAUCACAACACAGUACAAUACCAUCAUUGAUGUCAUCACAUCCACCACCACCAUUAAUGUCAUUGGGAUCACAAUCAACAACAACACCACCAACAACAACAACAACAUCACCAUUAACACAAGUACCAUCAGCAUCAUCUUCAUCAUCAACAGCACCACUACUACCAACAGCAGCAGUAGCAGCAUCAGUUGUUCCAGCUGUACCGGAAAGGAAAGACUAUUAUGAUUCCUACAACAGGUAUUCUGGUCCACCUGGUCAACAGCAAAGAUUUAGUAGUCCAACACGUGGUGAUUAUCAAAAACGUUUUGAUGAUGUAGCACCACCAGGAACAGAGGGUUACUAUGACGUGCCACCACCUGGUGUUGAUCAUCCAGAAAGAUUAUUAAGAGACGAACGUGAAAGACCAAGAUCAAUUAAAGAUCAAGAAGAUAGAGAUCACAAAGAUACUGAUGAUGAUCGUCCAUCUAGAGAUGAUAGACCUCGUGAACGUGAUACAAGAGACAGAGAGGAUCGUGAUAGACGUGAUAGAGAUCGUGAGCGUGAAAAAGAUGACAGACCAUUACAUCAAAAAGAAAAAGAUGAACGUGAUAGACGUGAUACAAAAGAUAAAGAACAUGAUCGAUAUAUACGUCGUGAUGAUGAUCGUACAUCUGAUAAAAGAGAUUAUGAUAAAGAUAAAGAUAAAUAUCGUGAUGAUAGAGAACGUGGUGAACGUGAUCGUUAUAGAAAUGAUGAUAAAAUACGUAUACGUGAUAGAAAAGAUCGUACAGAACGUGAUUUUGAUGAUAAAGAACGUGAUAGACAUGAUAGACAUUCUGAUGAUAGAAAAAAGAAUAAAAAAAGUUCAAGUCCACAUCCACAAAAAACACGUAGUGAUACUAGAGAUAUAUCACCAGAAAAGAAAAAAGAAAAAAAAUUAAAAGACAAAAAAAAGAAAAAGGAUAGUGUUGAUGAAAAAUUAGAAAAAAAGAAAAAGAAAAAGAAGGAAAAAAAAUCAUUAAAAGAAGCUAUUGCUAAAAAUGAGCUAUCAAAAUAUCAAUUAUCAUUACAGUCAUCUGAUAAUACAUUGUCAGAUAAAAUUGAUGAUAAAUUAUUAUCAUCAAAUGACAUUAAACAUGAAAAUAAUGAUAAUAAAAUAAAUACUGGUGAUGUAUCAACAUCCCAUGAUGAAUCAUUUGAUGUUAGUGAUCAAAAUAAUUCACUUGUUGAAACAAAAAUUAAAAACGAUGAUAAAACAAUUGUAACAAUGAUGAAUCCAGAACCACCAGAACAAACAGAUAAUGAUGAUUUUUGUUUAAACCCACCAAAUCCAAAUUUCAAACCAAUUCCUGAAGUUAAAAAUGACAAUGAUAAACCAACAAUUGAUAGUCUUUAUGACGGAUUAGAUGAUACUGAAAUAAAUACUGUUAUUACUGAAAAAUAUGCAAUAAUACCUGAUGAAGAAUUGGCAAAUGUUGAAAAAUAUAAUACUGAUGAUGAUACUACAAAGAGAAUUGAUGAUGAAGAUGACGAAGAUGAUGAUGAUGAAGAUAAAUCAAUUGUUACAACAACAGCAGCAAUAACAGCUACAACAACUGAACCAUUAACAUCAACACCAACUAGAACAACAACACCUGAAAGAAAUAUAACAACAUCAACAAUAAAAACAACAACAAAAGAUGAAUUUUUAGCACCAAUGCCAGAAUUAUCAAAAUGGGAAAGAGAUGACGAACGUGAUGAACCAGAUGAACCAGAAUCUGAUACAACUGAAGAAUUUAUAAAAUUAGAUGUAUCAAUAACAUCACCACAACAUACAGAUACUAAUAAUGAUGAAAUACAGUCAACAAAAUUAGUAACAUCUGAAGUAUUAAAACGUGCUGAAAAUGCAAUAUUUCAAAAAGCAAUAAAUGCAAUAAGACCAAUUGAAAUUAAAAAAAUAAGUGAAAGUAGAAAAAUAUUAUAUCAAAAUCCUGAACCAAAGAAUACUAUUGAUACAAAUACUGAUUUAAAUCGUUCAUCAAGUGACAGAAAAAGUGUUAAUGUUACAAUAAAUAUUGGUAAAAAUGAAAGAAAUGUUGAAAUAACAGAGCCAUUAUUAAAAAAAUCAAAAUUAGAUAGAUCUAAUUAUCGUAGUAGCAAUGAUUUAUUAUUACAUUCACCAACAAGAUUAUCAGCAAAAGAAAGACUUGGUGAUAAAAUUGAUGAUGAUGAUGGCAGUGGUGGUGGUGGUAAUAAAGAUGAUUCAAAAACAUAUUACGAUAAAGAUUCAAAUAAAUCAGAUAAUAAUUUAAUGGCUCGUUCAAGAUCACCAAAAUUAAGUAAAAAACAAUCACCAAUUAUUGAUGCAAUAUCAAGACAUACAACAUCUGAAAGAAAAGUAUAUCUUGAUGAUAAAAAGCGUGAUAAAAAUGAACGUCAACGUGAUCAUCGUGGUCAUCAUUCAAUUGAUAAUAAACAUGAUUUGAAAGAUACAUUUGUUAAACGUGAAAAAAAUGAUAGUAGAGAUGAUUCAAGAUCAAAUAAAAAUACAGAAAGCAUACGUGUUGAUAAAGUUGAAAAAGAAAAACGUGGUAAAUCACCAGUAUAUGUUAAACAUAAUACUGUUAAACGUAAAAUUGGUAGUGGCGGUGAUGAUGAUGAUGUUGUUAUUGAUAAAAAGAAAGAUAGUAAAAAAAAUCGUGAUGAUAAAAAACGUAAAAGAUCACACAGAAGUAAUAGUAGAAGUAAAUCAAAAGAUUGUAAACGUAAAAAAGAAAAAAAACAUAAAGAUAAUAAAAAACAAAAACAUAAUAAAGAACAUUCAUCAUCAAUGCAACGUGAAAAAUUAAUAGUUGAUGAUAAAUCAACAAUUGAUGAAAAAAAUCAAAAUCAAGAAGAUGAUGAUAAUGUUGUUGGUAAAAAAACAAAUCGUAAAAAUCCAAGAUUAAUAUCUGAUCGUAAAAAGAGUGCAUUGGAUGAAGCUAGUUUUGAGCCAGAUUAUUCAGCAUCUGAAACAGCAACUGAUGAUAAUAAUGAUGAUAAUACAAUAAAUAUUAAAAAACAAAAAAAUAGUGAUGAUUUAUCAACAACUGAUAGUGUUAAAGAUAAAAUAAUUGAUAAUAAAAUUAUUAAUAAAAAAAGAAUUAAAUCAACAAGUUCUGAUGAUGAUGAUGAAGAUUCAAGUACAACAUUAUCAUCAUCAAGUGAAUCUGAUGAUUCAUCAUACAGAAAAAGAAAGAAAAAACAUAAAAAACAUAAAAAACGUAAAACAACUAGAAAAGAUAGUUCUAGUGAUAGUGAUUCAUAUUCUGAUUCAAGUGAAUCAAGUUCUGAUGAUGAAAAACAUAAAAAAAAAUCUAAAAAAUCUAAAAGUAAAAGUAAACAAUCCAAGAAAAAGAAAAAGUCAAAACACAAAUGACGUCGUUAAUUUUUUUA